AUGGUUGACAGCGACGCUGACAGCUGGUACAACUGGAAGGGAGGUGAUGAUAUUAAUGAGAUGCACACCGGAAACAAUGCCAAGACCAGAAGCGGUGUAAGUCUGACCAGUUGCGAUCGUUCAAAAAAUAUCGCGUCCGACGUUUGUCAAAAAGAAGCCUCCGAAAGCAACGGCCUGAUCCACUACGAUGAAAUUCCUUCAAGUUCUCGAUCUAGCAUUCACAGAUAUAUCAAUCCAGCUAUUUAUGCGGAAACGUUAAACGACGAAGAUGUAGAACACGAGGUUGAGAUCCGAGUCAAGAUCGGUUCUAAAAACGAUGGGCGACAGAUUGUAGCGAACUGCGGCGAUUCCGCAGAGAUUAACGAUAUGAUGUCGACGUUGUCCAUUGAUAAUGAUAUGGCUGCCUCGUACGUAGACCAUACCGGCGAUCAAAAUGUAUCCCAGGAAACGUAUCGCUGUUACUCUUUGAAUUUACCGACCACAUCCAUGCCCACCGGCGUUGUUCGUUCCAAGUCUGUGACUUCGUGUACACCUACGAAUCGUGUAGAAAGACGAUGCAGAAUAGCCGGCACAGCGGAGGAUAAUGACGAGCUUCGUUCUCCUAGGCAAAUCGACUCGGAAGUGCAGAGAUAUAUGUUUAAUGGACACCGGAUCGUACAAGUUUCUACCUCGUCGAUGUCGAGUAUUAGAAUUUCGGAUAAUAGGUCGAACGAUUCGGAUUUCGCCGCGAAGAAAAUCAGUUACAGCGAGUGGAUGCGCAGAAAGCAAGAAAUCGCGCGACGAAAAAAAGAAGAAGAAGAUCUGAUUGAAAGGCAAAAGCAAAUAGAGAUAGAAAGACAGGCCCGUGAAAAAGAAGAGAGGGAGUCUCGGGAACGAGAGAAUUUUCUGAAGUGGUCGGAGAGAAAGAAGAAGGAGGAAGAGAAGAAGAAAGCCAUGGUUGAGAGAGAACUUCAAUUACAAAGGCAGCUGAAAGAAAUUGAAGACAAAACGGCUAUAGUAAAGACUAUGUACCUUCGACAGUGGGAACGUAAGAAGAUGGAACAAGAAAAAGUACGUCAAAAGAACGAAGAGAUGAAAAAGAAACGUAUUGAAGAAGAGAAAAAAAAGAGAAUCGCGGAAAGCUCGAAAGCUUACGAAAAUUGGCGAAAAAUGGCGAAAAACAAACCGAGGCCUGCUACGCAAGGACUUUUGCCUCACCAGAAAGCGAAACCAGCGUAUGUGAAUCCUACACCCUGGCAACGAAUCGUCGAUGACCCAGAAAACGAUGAAGAGCAGGAUAAUGCAUCAGUUGUUUGCAGGGAAACACAAAGUCACCCGAGAAUCAGCACUAAGAGAAACACCUUAUCAGUGAUACAUCGGUCAUCGAAUAAAUAGAAUCUGAA